UUUGUGAAGGGAUUCAUACUUGGUCAACUUAGUGUGAUCAUUGUCAUGAUCCUAGUUCUUCGCUAUUUGUUUACCGAGGAUGUUAAACGUGUCAAAAAGGUAAUUCGAUAUAUACCUUCACGUCCAUCUUCAAACACAGUACCUUCAGUUGCAUCAGCAGCAGCAGCAUUGCCUAAUGAUCAUGUUACUCUAAAAACAUACUACGAUGUCAUCCACCAUCCACCUGAAAGCACUGAUUGGCUCAAUGUCUUGCUGGCUCAAGUCAUUCUACAAUAUCGGCAGGAUGCCAAUAUCAAUAACCGUCUGAGCCGAUCUUUAGAUAGAGUGUUGAAUGGGGGUGUUCUACCAAGCUUUGUUGGACCAAUUCAUGUUACCGAAUUAAACUUGGGGCAAGAGUUUCCUAUAUUUAGUCGUGCACGUAUUAGACCAUCAGAUGAAGUAGGAUCCAUGAGAGCAGAGAUUGAUUUUGAAUACAACGAUCAAGUCACCUUGGGCAUCGAAACACAGCUUAUCCUAAACUGGCCAAGGCAAGCAUUCGCUGUUCUGCCAGUGUCUCUUGUCCUUUCUGUCGCUCGAUUCUCCGGCACGCUUACUAUCGAAUUGAUGAAUCCACCAGAAACAACGACUAAGCCAAAGAUCCCAAUUGAACGAUAUAUUGCCAUUUCAUCUUAUUCAGAUUUCAUUCUAGACUUACAGGUUCAGUCAUUGAUCGGAUCCAAAACUAAAUUAGAGGAUAUUCCCAAGUUGACAGACUUGAUACAAACAAAACUAAGAAACAUGUAUAUUGAUAAGUUGGUUUAUCCUCAAUUCUUAAAGGUUAAAGUACCAAAU